AUAAAAAAUCAGAGGCCUUCCCUUAAAGGAGAGGCCUUCCGUUAAUAGAGAGGUCGUCCCUUCAUUCUUCCAAAUCUUCUGCAAGUCCUCUUCCCUAUACUUCUCGCGGUCCUCUGUCGCACCACUCCAUACUGCUUAGGGCAAGCAAUGUCCGUUGAUCCCGAUCUUCUAGGUUUUUUCCUUGUAUUCUAGCUGUUGAUCUGACGGAUUGUUGGUUCUGAUUGCACAAGAGCCUGGUUGGAGUUCUAAGAGAAGAAAUCGUCGAGUGACAGAGAGAUCGCCCAUGACGAUUGGCUCAGGAGGGUCCAGCGUUGUUGUUCCUCGGAACUUCAGACUGCUUGAAGAGCUCGAAAGGGGAGAGAAAGGCAUUGGUGAUGGGACUGUUAGCUAUGGAAUGGAUGAUGGGGAUGACAUAUACAUGCGCUCAUGGACUGGCACGAUAAUUGGACCCCACAACUCUGUUCAUGAAGGGCGCAUUUAUCAGCUAAAGCUCUUCUGCGACAAAGAUUAUCCUGAGAAACCUCCUAGUGUUAGGUUCCACUCCCGGAUAAACAUGACUUGCGUUAAUCACGAGACAGGAGUGGUUGAGCCGAAGAAGUUUGGGAUGUUAUCGAAUUGGCAACGUGAGUACACAAUGGAGGAUAUAUUGACUAAUUUGAAGAGGGAAAUGGCAGCACCUCAUAACCGUAAACUGGUUCAGCCCCCGGAAGGUACUUUCUUUUAAGGUGGCUAUUGGGGGAAAGACUUCAGGAAUUAUGUUUGAUGAAAUGGUUUGCUAGGUAGUACUGCUACGUAUAUAUGUGGUUUCAAGGGGGAUGGAACGCUUGUUUUAAAUUUUAAGGAAAACGCAAGCUGUUAGCUGUUCUGCUUCAUUUAAUCUUCUCUCAUUAGGGAUUGAAAGAGGGAAGGUUGUAACUAUUUUGGUCUGCAACUCUUUAUAUUUCCAAGCAUGGGGCACUUUGUUUUGUGAUUC